AGAGAGAGAGCGCGAGAGAGAGAAAGAGCAAAAGAAAGAGAGACCUAGAGAGAGAGAGAGAGCGAGAGAGAGGUCUUGGCUGUGGUGCCAUGUGGAAACGUCCGCCCUGCAUGCACCUGCGUGUGAACACCAACAUAGGCAAACAAAGAGAAGAAGAGAAACGGGAAAAUAAGAGAAAACAUUCCACUAAUCACGGAGAGAACGUCUUGUGAGGAGCGGAGAGCAGAGGGCAUCGGCUAGAGAAUAAUGGCAGCACCUGACCUAGUGGACCCCAAAUCCGCCACUCACAGCAGCAAGCCCCGCCGCUCCUUCUCCGCCAAGUCAAUCACACUGAGCCCCACAGAGGAGUGUCAGGCUAUUGCCACGGUGAUGAAGUGGAAGACGGUGUCGGCCAUUUUCCUCCUGGUGGUGCUCUACCUGGUCGUUGGAGCUGCCGUCUUCAAGGCCCUAGAACAACCCCAUGAGAGUGCUCAGCGCCUGGCCAUCCUGACUCAGAAACUAGACUUCCUCUCUACACACUCCUGUGUAAACCACAGCCAACUGGAGGAACUGGUCAAGCAAGUGGUGUCAGCGAUCCGUUCAGGGGUGAACCCAGCCGGGACUCUGACCAAUCACAGCAGCCUCUGGGACCUAAGCUCGUCUUUCUUCUUCGCUGGAACUGUCAUCACUACUAUCGGAUUUGGGAACAUUUCCCCCCAUACGGAAGGAGGGCGUAUCUUCUGUAUCAUCUAUGCCCUUCUGGGCAUCCCUCUGUUUGGCUUCCUGCUGGCUGGAGUAGGAGACCAACUGGGAACCAUCUUUGGGAAGGCCACCGCCAGGGUCGAGAAGAUGUUUGUGCAGUGGGAUGUUAGUCAGACCAAGAUUCGUGUCCUCUCUACCGUUCUCUUCAUCCUGUUCGGCUGUCUGCUCUUCGUGGCGCUGCCGGCAGCCAUCUUUAAACAUAUUGAGGGCUGGAGUGCCCUGGAGUCCCUCUACUUUGUAGUCAUCACCUUGACAACCAUUGGUUUCGGGGACUUUGUCGCAGGUGGUUCAGAGAUAGAGUAUCUGGACUAUUACAAGCCUGUGGUGUGGUUCUGGAUCCUGGUGGGUCUGGCGUACUUCGCUGCUGUACUCAGCAUGAUAGGAGACUGGCUCAGAGUCAUCUCUAAGAAGACCAAAGAGGAGGUAGGGGAGAUCAGGGCUCACGCAGCAGAGUGGACGGCUAACGUCUCGGCAGAGUUCAAGGAGACUAGGCGUCGCCUCAGCGUUGAGGUCUACGACAAGUUCCAGCGAGCCGCGUCAAUCAAAAGCAAAAUGUCAUCCGAGCUGGGCCUAAACUCUGACCCCGAGCUCACCCCACCCAAAAGGAAGAUGUCCGUCAACUUCACCAAUGAAUUGGAUCGGGAGAAGGAGCCGGUGUCCCCGCCUGUUACCAACAAAAAUGGAAGUCCGUUCCUAAACGGGAAGGGGGUGGACCCUAAGAGAGGUGACAUUGCUAUUACACCUCAAGUAGAGGUCACAACCUUUCAUCUCUGACUCUGCUUCAGCACAAGCCACGCCCACCUGGUUACAACAACCAAUGGCAGCCAUCUUUCAGCACAAAGUGGAUGAUGUCAUUGAUAAACAACUGCCCUUAUGACGGACUAUAUAACAAUAUAACACUAUGAAUCAAUUAUGAAGCAUUUUGAUUUUGAACUACAACCGAAUAACAACAUGAAUUGUGAACUGUGAACAGAUGUAUCUGAAUAGAAGAGUCACGUUUGGGGAGUAAGGUCAGGGCAAAGCUGAAUCGUCAUCCUAUUUCCUGUAUAGUGUUCUACUUAAUGGCCAUAACCUCAUAGGGUUCUGGUCAAAAGCAGUCAACUAUAUUGGAAAUAGGGUAUAACUUAGGACACAACCUUGGUUUAUGUAUUCAAUGUAUUAUGUUGCCAAUGUAUGAGGAAUAUCAGUGAGUAUUAGUAUGUCUCUAUGCCUUGAGUCAGAGUAUGGUUCGGUUCUAUAGGGUUCUAAAGGCUUCCAAGAGGGAACCUUUCCCUGACUGUUAACCAGAACCGGACCGCUCAGGGUUUUUUUUCUACUGAAGGAACCACAGCGGUGCCUUAGUCCUUUUCUACCAUGUGAAUGAACAGACAAUGAUUUCUCUUGUCGAUUAUAACGCUCACUCUUGUCAUUUAAAACAACGAGACAGUUUGUCUGUAAAACUACGUGGCUGUAGUCCUCCGAGCUGCUCCAGGGAUGCUGUGAGUUUGGAGCAUCAAAUGGAUGCUCCACUUCACUAGGACUGUUUCAGGACAGAUAUUUUAACAUUGGCAUAAGUGCCAAUUAUUUGUGUUAUCAAAAUGUCCUACUACAGUACAUGCAACAUCAAUGUGAACCAAAACUCACCCUCGCCAUGAUGACAAAAAAUGGCUGCCUUGCUUCGACACAUUUCCUAAAUCGACAGUUCUGUUCAAUAUUAUGUUGUCGUAUUCAGAGCUAAUGCCAAAUCUGAAGGAGAUAAAAAAUCAUUUGAAUUUGA